CGUUGCUCAGGCUUCAAGAUGGCGGAAGCCCUGACAACCCAAGAAGAGGUGGCGGUGGAGGAGUUCCUGGCUGAAUUAAGAUGCAGGGAACAGUCGCAGAACGCCACCCUCGUCAGUCAGAUCACUGCCGUCAAGUUUCUCAUGGCACGAAAGUUCGACGUCUCCAGAGCCAUAGACCUCUUCCAGGCUUACAAGAAUACUAGGAUAAAGGAAGGUAUCUACAAUAUUAACCCACAUGAAGAACCUUUGAGGACGGAGUUAUUGAGUGGCAAAUUUACGGUCCUGCCAGGGCGUGACGCUAAGGGUGCAGCCUUGGCGCUCUUCACUGCUCGUCUCCACCGUCCUGACUUCACUACCCAUAAGGCUGUUCUUCAAGCCAUCAUCUAUCAGCUGGACAAAGCCAUAGAGAGCCUGCAGACUCAGAGAGAUGGUCUUAUAUUCAUCUACGACAUGACAAACUCCACCUACGCCAACUUCGACUACGAACUCUGUGUCAAAAUUUUAAACCUUCUCAAGGGAGCGUUUCCUGCCAGGUUAAAGUGCGUGUUCAUCGUGUCGUCGCCACUCUGGUUUCGAGCGCCGUUCGCCGUACUGCGGCUUUUUGUGCGAGAGAAACUCCGAGAGAGGGUGUGUACAGUAAAAGGUCAUGAACUGGCCAAUCACAUCCCGGUGAGCUCGCUCCCAGAGCACCUGGGUGGCUCAUCACAGUACAGCCACAUGGCCUGGAUCCAGUCAUGUGUUAAUUCCACCCUGAACAACUCCACUGAUGGCAACACAGACUGCUUGGAUGGUCUGCUGCGCUCCUACUGCCAGGACCAAAACCAGACAGCCAACGCAAACCCAGGUGCCACGUUGCUCGGGAACAGUCUUGACGACGGCAACGCUAAUCCUCAGAACCACCGGCACACCCAUUGGAAUGGCCUGACACCACUUGGCUCGAACGCCAACAUCGCCAAUGGCCGUCAGGCUCCACCCCCUCAGUCAGACACGCCCCCGGACACGCCCCUGCACCACAAAAACAAUACAGAAACACCGUCCGCACCAAAGGGAGGCCUGAAUGACUGCCGGCGAGACGGCAACGGCGCGGAGCAGGAAGCUGACUUUCUUGGCGAGGAAGCGGAAGCAAGAGAUGGGGUCCCGCCCCUUCCUCAGAAGUCGUCGAGGCCGACACCCCUGUCGCGUAGCCCAGCCCACGAGACAAGCUGGCCACUUGGAACGGCGUCGGUACAUACAGCUGAGCCAGGGGGAAUGACGGUGCAGGAGCUGGUGCAGCACGUCAAAACCAAAAAGAAGAAAGGCAUCUACCAGGAGUACGAGGAGAUCCGGAAAGAGCCACCUGCUGGAACCUUUGAUUACUCCAAGAACCCAGCGAACCAGGUCAAAAACCGCUACAGCGACGUGCUCUGCUUGGACGAAUCCCGUGUCCGACUUUGCCCGUUCAACGACGACGACGAUGAGACAUCAGACUACAUUAACGCGAGUUUCAUGGACGGCUACAAGAUGACGAACGCGUACAUUGCCACUCAGGGGCCUUUGCCAAAAACAUUUGGCGAUUUCUGGCGAAUGGUAUGGGAGCAAGUGGUGUUAAUCAUCGUCAUGACGACAAGAGUUGUGGAACGAGGCAGAGUGAAGUGCGGACAGUACUGGCCUCUGGAAGCAGGCCGCACAGAGGAGUAUGGGUACUUCCUGGUGAGGAACGUCCACAUUGAGAUCUUUCAAGAUUUUAAACUUUCACAUCUGGAGCUCUAUAAUAGUCAGACCGGUGAGUGUAGAGAGGUGUCUCAUUACCUGUACAUGAGCUGGCCGGAUUUCGGGGUUCCAAAAUCUGCGUCGGCCAUGUUGGAUUUCCGGGCAGAGGUGAAGCAGAGGCAGGAUCUGGCGUUGCGGACGAUAUUUCCUGAUUGGACGGGACCUCCCGGAGGUCCUCCGAUAGUCGUGCACUGCAGUGCUGGAAUUGGAAGGACGGGUACCUUCUGCACGCUGGACAUUUGUCUCUCGCGCCUUGAGGACAUCGCCACGGUGGACGUGAAGCAGACGGUGCGGCGCAUGCGCACUCAGCGUGCCUUCAGCAUCCAGACGUGGGACCAGUAUUAUUUCUGCUACCGAGCCGUGAUCGAGUACGCACAACAAACAGGACGCCUGGCACCUGUCGAGUGGUCCGACACAGAGCUGGAGACGGACAGCGAGUGACCGAGAGCGUAAGAAUCAAGGUGCCAAAAGAAAACGAGAGAGUUUCAUGCUCUCUCUCUCUCUCUUUUUUUUUUUUUGGUCCAGAAGGCACGUGUGCGCAGGUGGAGCGCCGCUUUCCUACUCGCCUUUUUUUUUUUUGUCCCCUUACUGGGAAGAAGAUAUAUAUAUAUAUAUAUAAAAAAAAGGCAGGGAGAAGUAAGAGAAAAGGAGCAGAGAUGAGGAUUCACUCGACCUGCCACUUUGCGAUCCCCUUCAGCGAGGCGUGGCUUGGUGCAUGAGCUGUCGCAAAAAAAUAACCGACUUUCACACAGCGAACGAGAAACUUGAACUAUUCCGCAGCUUGCCCCGUUUAUUUCUCCCCUUCUCUCAGUCCAGACGUCAGAAAUAUUCUGAUAUCGGUCUCGUGUAACUCGGGGGUUUGUCUCACACUUAUAGUGUGAAAGUGUUCAAACUUGAUUCAUCUUUUCUUUCUCUCUCCAUCACAGCACCAUGGUAAGUUGCGUGCGAACUGGGUCCGUUUAUUUUUUUUUUCCCCCCUUUAUUAUCAUUCUUACGUUUAUCGAAAACUAACCUUCAAACCAAAGGUAACGCGUCGAAUGCUUGGAUGUACCUGUAAUGAUCAUUGUGACUUCAACCUUGUAUAGUCUUGUAAGAUACAUUUAUAUAUUGUGCAUAAUAAUCUUUGGGAAAAAAUCUUGUUUUAAUAUAAUACUCGAUGUUAUUUAGAAAAAAAAAAAA